AUUUAAUUUUGUUUUUUAAAAUGAAUAGUAAAUUCGUAAAGCGUCGUCUGGUGUAAAUUUUAUGCACUAUUUUAACACGUGACUGUCUUGUUCCGACAUAUUGGAGAUUCCUGCCAUUUUCGUUCAGGAUGGUUCUCAAGUACGAAAUGUGUGUUGGCCUUAAUAAAGGCCACAAAGUUACAAAGAACAUCACAAAGCCAAGACCUUCUAGAAGGAAAGGUAUGUUAAGCAAACAUACUCGUUUCAUUCGAGAUAUUGUAAGAGAAGUAUGCGGCUUUGCUCCUUAUGAAAAACGUGCCAUGGAAUUGUUAAGAGUUUCCAAGGACAAAAGAGCAUUGAAAUUCAUCAAGAAAAGGCUGGGCACUCAUCUACGUGCAAAGAGGAAGAGAGAUGAACUUUCUAAUGUUCUGACUGCUCAGAGAAAAGCUGCUGCUCAUAGAGAGAAGGAGGGCAAAUAAAAAAAAUAUUGUAUUAUUAUUAAAAUAAAUAUUUGAGUAAUUAAAAUUCUCUUCAAUGAAAUGA